AUGGCGAACACUGUUCCAGCUGACGUUCAAAAGAAAAUCGAAGAGGUUAGUCAGAGGGCUUUUCAGACCACAGGGCCUUUUCCAAAUACAAAUUUACAGGGUUUCGCAAAAUUGCAAGGAGCCGCCGACUGCAAAUCGCUCCUCAAAAAGCAUUUGACGAAGGAAGUCGUCGACAAAAACAAAUCGAAAAAGACACGUUUGGGUGCCAGUUUGUUGGAUGUUAUUCAAUCUGGUGUCGAGAAUUUGGAUUCGGGAGUUGGAGUUUAUGCACCAGAUGCUGAAGCCUAUACACUUUUCUCGGAUUUGUUCAAUCCAGUUAUUGAGGAAUAUCACAAUGGCUUCAAAUCGACUGAUACUCAACCAGCAAUGGAUUUGGGAGAGAAAAAUGUGGGUGACAGACGGUGUUUUUUGACCGGAUUUUGUUCAAAAUUUGAUCAAAUUUUGACCAAAAAACGAAUAAAAUAUGAUUUUAUUCAUUGCAGAUCGGUGAUUUGGCUGAUUUGGACCCCGAGAAUAAAUUCAUCGUUUCAACACGUGUUCGAUGUGGUCGCUCGCUUCAAGGAUAUCCUUUCAAUCCAUGUUUGAACGAGACAAAUUAUAAAAUGAUGGAAUCAAGAAUGAAAGAAAUCUUCGCUGGAAUCACCGAUCCAGAAUUAAAGGGAACAUAUUAUCCAUUGACUGGAAUGGACGAGGAAACCAAAAAGAAAUUGAUUGCUGAUCAUUUCUUGUUCAAAGAAGGUGAUCGUUUUUUGAAAGCCGCCAAUGCCAAUCGUUUUUGGCCAACUGGUCGUGGAAUAUUCCACAAUGAAAAGAAGACUUUCUUGGUUUGGGUGAAUGAGGAGGAUCAUUUGCGUAUUAUUUCGAUGCAAAAUGGUGGAAAUGUUGGUGAAGUCUUAGGUCGUCUUAUCAAAGGAUUGAAUUUGGUGGCUGCGAAAGCGCCAUUCUCAAGACAUCCAAGAUUGGGUUGGUUGACCUUUUGUCCAACGAAUUUGGGAACAACAGUUCGUGCUUCGGUGCAUAUUAAAGUUCCGAAAAUUUCGGCGAAGGCGGAUGAAUUCAAGAAGAUUUGCGAUGAGAUGAAACUUCAGAUUCGUGGAAUUCAUGGGGAACAUUCGGAAACCAAAGAUGGGAUUUAUGAUGUUUCGAACAAGCAACGUCUUGGACUCACUGAAUAUCAAGCGGUUAGACAAAUGUAUGAUGGAGUCAAGAAAUUGAUUGAAUUGGAGAAAGCUGCAGCAUAA